AUGUCUAAAUACUUAUCUAUGUGUAGUGCAUUCAUUAAUGAUCUGGCCCGCAUUCCUCUUGGAGUCGGGAAUUUAUCUACUUUAUAUGAAGGCCUGCAAGUAGGCUUUGUUGCGAGCUUCCUUCGUAGGAAUUGGUUCGCUGGAGUCCUUGCAGGUAUUGCAGGAAAUUUAUAUUAUAAUCUUCAAAAGGACAGAACGGCACCUAAAUCUGAAAAGGACGAAAAUCUGAAGAUUCGUGGUGCAGUGAGCUUCUGGCGGAACGUCUCAGACAACUGGGAAACUCUUUAUCACUUGGAGGAACAAAAGAAUCUGGAACUGAAACAAGAAAUCGGAUACAAGACAGCGGCUGAGGAAGGCCUCCAACAGAGGGUCUACGAUUUGGAAAAAUGUUUAGCCGAAGAAAAAUUACGCCAUUUAGAAGAUGUACUGGAUAUGGACAAGCAAAUAAAAAUGGCGGAAGAAAAGCUCCUAGAGAAAAAUGAAGAAAAUACAGACUUGAAGAACCUCAAUGAGGGAAAGUCACUUUUAAUAUCAAGAAAAACAAGGGAGAUUGACGAAUUGAAAUUAGACUUGGAGACUCUGAAUAAGAAGUUGAAAAACGACCUGGAAACCUUUGCUUGUGAGAAGGAAGACCUUCUGAGACGCCUGCUGGGACAGGAGGCACUUCUGAAGGAAUUGUCGGAAAGGGAAUGGCACAAAACCGAAGAAAAUGAAAAGCCUGACGAGAAAAUAAAUGAGAAGAGCAUCGGCGAAUUGGUAGAGGAAUCACGUCAUACUGUAACUCUGACGAAUUUGGACAAGGAUCGCCUAAUGGAAGAGAAUGAGAGGCUUCUAGAAGAAAUUGAGAAGAAGGAGGAGGAAAAUACAGGACUGAGAAAGCAAAUAGAGACCUUGGAAAUUGAGAACCAGGAAUUCGAAUGUAUUAUCCACGAGUGGCAUAAUCAUGCAAUUUCUCUCGAGCAAAGUAUUGAGAAAUUGCAGAAUGGAAGCCAGAACCUGCAGAAGGGGAGUGAGGAACUGAAGUCAAUUGAGAAGGAGACAGAAAAUACACAACUGAGAAAGCAAAUAGAAACCUUGGAAAAUGAGAAACAGGCACUCGAAUUUAUUAUCGACGAGUGGCAUAGGCAUGCAGCUGCUCUUGGGCAGAGAAUUGAAGAAUUGCAGAAUGGAGGCCAGAACUUGGAAAAUCAAAACCAGAACCUCCUAUUUUAUAACUACGAGUGGCAUAGGCAUGCAGCUGCUCUCGGGCAGAGAAUUGAAGAAUUGCAGAAUGCAAUCGAGGACCUGCAGGAGCAGAAUGAGGAACUGGAGCUUUCUAAUAUGGAAAAUGAGGGGUUAAUACAGUUACUAAAUGCCCACCUCUCAGUUCAGCAUCAGGCGAUCAUAGCUGCUUAUACCAGCAUGGCUGAGAUGCAAGCCAACAACUUGCAGAAGGAGAAUGGGGAACUGAAGUCAUCAAUUGAGAAGGAGACGGAAAAUACAAGACUGAGAAACCAGAUAGAGAUCUUGGAAAACAAGAACCAGGAACUCCUAUUUUAUAACUACGAGUGGCAUAAGCAUGCAGCUGUUCUUGGGCAGAGAAUUGAAGAAUUGCAGAAUGCAAUCGAGGACCUCCAGGAGGGGAAUGGGGAACUUAAGUUAAUUGAGAAGGAGACGGAACAUACACGACUAAGAAAGCAAAUAGAGACCUUGGAAAUUGAGAACCAGGAAUUCGAAUGUAUUAUUCACGAGUGGCAUAACCAUGCAAUUGCUCUCGAGCAAAGAAUUGAGAAAUUGCAGAAUGGAAGCCAGAACGUGAAGAAGGGGAGUGAGGAACUGAAGUCAAUUGAGAAGGAGGCGGAAAAUACACAACUGAGAAAGCAAAUAGAAACCUUGGAAAAUGAGAAACAGGCACUCGAAUUUAUUAUCGACGAGUGGCAUAGGCAUGCAGCUGCUCUUGGGCAGAGAAUUGAAGAAUUGCAGAAUGGAAGCCAGAACUUGGAAAAUCAAAACCAGAACCUCCUAUUUUAUAACUACGAGUGGCAUAGGCAUGCAGCUGCUCUCGGGCAGAGAAUUGAAGAAUUGCAGAAUGCAAUCGAGGACCUGCGGGAGCAGAAUGAGGAACUGGAGCUUUCUAAUAUGGAAAAUGAGGGGAUAAUACAGUUACUAAAUGCCCACAACACAGUUCAGCAUCAGGCGAUCAUAGCUGCUUAUACCAGCAUGGCUGAGAUGCAAGCCAAGAUGACCAAACAGGGAAUAGAAGAGGUGGAUGAAGUUCUCGAUAGCGAUGGUGAGGAGUCUGAUGAUACUGAAAACACUUCUGGACACGGUGGAAGUAGUCAAGGCUCAGCAGUAUCGGAAGAUAAGCUACGAGAAUGA